UGCUGAGGGUGGUUCUAAUCUUGGUUUGAGGGUUGAUGAGGCGUGGCGGCGACACGAGGAACAACCGCCGUGGGAAAUGACAUGUAUAUUCAUCGUUUGGUCCUCUGAUUUCUCCAUCUUAUUUGGAUCCAGACAAAGCUCACUCUUGCCGGCAGGAAGGUGUCCUGUUUACUUCAUGAUGGUGGACGUGCUAUGUAUUGUUUAUUUAACUUUCUGUUUGGUUUGUCAUUUAUUCCUUUUUUGUUCUUUUACACUUACGUCGAUGGCAUGUCUCUUGAUUUGCCUCCGAUUUUAUGAUAUCCUUGACAAGAAGCUAAAUGAAGAGGGCCUAAAGCUAAGAGAGGGACAAGGAAUUAAGAGAAAGAGAAGGCUCGGCACCACUAUUUGCAUGUCAAAUCUGAAGUGGGGAGCUGCAUCAAGUAUCUGGAGAAGAAAGAGGAGCAUACCUACAGUAAUACAAUGCCCAGUCUUCUAUAUUAGGCAGCAAAUGGUUCUGAUGCAGAAAUACCCACAUUUGAACCCUGAGGCUGAGAUGAUCACUUUGUCAUUAGUUAGGAUCCAAACCAAUUGUUUAUAUUGUUCAUGUUCAUCUUUUAUAUACACAGUUACUUUCUACUAAUUUUACUUCAAAUUAAUUGCAGUUUAUUCAAAUUAGAUGGGCCAAUAAAUAUUAAAAACUAAGUUCAGAACUCUCAUUCCAAAUGGUGAGUGAGUGAAGGACCAGAAGCUUUCCCAGUCACUAAAUGUUCUUCUGUUAACAUCUACCAGUAUAUUGUGCUAAAGGCCAACAAAAGAAACUAAAC